AUGGUGGAGAUGGACGGAGGCGUGGGAGGAGGAGGAGGAGGAGGGCAGCAGACGCCGGCGCCGCGGCGGUGGCGCCUGGUGGACGAGCGGUGCGACCUGCGCGCCAUGGAGACGGACUACGUGCGCCGGUUCCACCGGCACGAGCCCCGCGACCACCAGUGCUCCUCCGCCGUCGCCAAGCACAUCAAGGCGCCCGUCCACCUUGUCUGGUCUCUAGUGAGGCGGUUUGAUCAACCACAGCUUUUCAAGCCCUUUGUGAGCCGGUGUGAAAUGAAGGGGAACAUUGAGAUUGGUAGUGUCAGGGAGGUCAAUGUCAAGUCUGGGCUGCCAGCCACAAGAAGCACAGAGAGGCUGGAGCUGUUGGAUGACAACGAGCACAUACUCAGCGUCAGAUUUGUUGGAGGUGAUCACAGGCUGCAGAACUACUCCUCCAUCCUCACCGUCCACCCCGAGGUCAUCGACGGCCGGCCGGGGACGCUCGUGAUCGAGUCCUUCGUGGUGGACGUCCCCGACGGCAACACCAAGGACGAGACCUGCUACUUCGUGGAGGCCCUGCUCAAGUGCAACCUCAAGUCGCUCGCGGAGGUGUCCGAGGAGCAGGUCAUCAAGGAUCAAACGGAGCCUCUUGACCGGUGA